AUGCCAUGCGAUCUGAUCCUUAUUCGCCUUGACCGGUGGACAGGAGUUGUCACUUUUGGCGUAUGUUGGCGCUACAAGCCGACGAAGCACUGGAGUCUGUAUUGGACGACAAUGCUGAACACUUUGUGCCAUUUUGCCUCCGUUCCAGCCGCGACGACAGCCUCCCCUUUCUGUUGUCCGCCACGAGGAGUCUUUGUUCCUGUUCUCGUUUCACUUCUGGCCCUCAUCUUUUCCGCUGCCCUGCUGGCGCCAACCGGCACCGCCAGCCCGGGCCCAUUGGCACGCAACCGUGUCGGACGGAGUCAGCAUCGAAACCGGUUGUUUGCGGGACCGCCAAAUGCCACGAUUGCGACGGCUGCUUCCGCCACAGACUUCGCUCGAAAUGCACCCUCCGACGCUUCGUCCGACCCUCGAGGCGAGUACAGGCAAAGUGAACGUGAUCUGUGCUCUGGAGGCCAUAGCAACGGCCUGCCUUCGCGGAUGGGCGAUGAAAAGCGACUU